AUGGCCCUAAAGCAAACUGUAACCUUAUUUCGCUCGGCCUGGAAAAUGACCUGGCCGUUUGCUGCUGCAAAAUCCAAUAAUUUAUCAUGUGGUCAAUAUACACGCAUCAAGAAGGCCUCAGAUAACUUGGCUUUGCUAAAUCUCCAACAAAAAUCUCUAGCGGUCACUGAUCCUCAAUUGCGAGAUAUCAAAUUACCAACUGCAUUCUUAACGUCUUACAAAAAUGUCAAAAGUCAAUCUGGCAAACAAGAACGAAAGGAAUCAAUUACAAGUCAUACUAUGCUAAGCCAAGUCUUUACUAGAUACACUAAUUCACUAUCUUGGCUGUACUUCAAUCAGGAAAAUAUUAUAUCAUGUGAUCAAGCCACUACAGAAGAAUCGAAUGAACAAUUAGAAUGUGGCAGCGUUAUGAAAAAAAGAAGAAAGAAAAUUAAACUACAUAAGCUAAAGAAAAAGCGAAGACGAGAUAGAUUUAAAGUUAAGCGAACGUGA